GAAGGACUGUGAUCCAGGGAACACCAUUCCAGUUUGCCUUUUGAGGUUCCCCUGGUUUGGGUUGAGCGCUGCAAGAGGAGCUGUGAGAAUCUGCCGUCAUUUCCCGGAACCAGGAAGGGCCAGGAGAGAUGGGAAAGGCCGUGCUCAUUCCCAAGGACGACCAGGAGAAGAUGAAGGAGCUGUUUAAGAUCAACCAGUUCAACCUGAUGGCCAGCGACCUCAUCGCCCUCAACCGCAGCCUGCCCGACGUGCGGCUGGACGGGUGCAAGACGAAGGUGUACCCCGAGGAGCUGCCCAACACGAGCGUGGUGAUCGUGUUCCACAACGAGGCGUGGAGCACCCUGCUGCGCACCGUGUCCAGCGUCAUCAACCGCUCGCCCCCGCGCCUGCUCCGCGAGAUCAUCCUGGUGGACGAUGCCAGCGAGAGAGCUGCCUUUUCCCGCAGGAAAACCGUGGUGUGCCCCAUCAUCGACGUGAUCAGCGACGACACCUUCGAGUACAUGGCGGGCUCCGACAUGACCUACGGGGGCUUCAACUGGAAGCUCAACUUCCGCUGGUACCCCGUGCCCCAGAGGGAGAUGGACAGGAGGAAAGGGGACAGGACCCUCCCUGUCAG